AUGCUCCUCCCCCCAGUAAAAGGCCCCCAGCUGCCCACGGUGGCCGAAACCCUCACACUCGAUGCCUUUCCAACCGCCGUCUAUAACCUCGAACCCGACCAGAAAGGCCUCUGUCCCGUGGCUGAAGGCCGCGGCGGGCCCUUCAACAUGAGCUGGGAAAUUCAUGGCGAGGGUCCGAUCAAGCUCAUGUUCAUAAUGGGCCUAGGUGGUCUCAAAUCUGCCUGGCAGCGGCAAACCCUUUACUUUGGCCACGAGCGCCGCGACAAAUACUCCGUCUUGCUCGUCGAUAACCGCGGGAUGGGUGACUCUGACAAGCCGCUGAUGCGGUACUCUACCUCUGAAAUGGCAAAGGACCUGGCGGAGGUCUUGGCGCAUAUUGGCUGGAUCCCGUCGUUUCCUUUGCCCUCCGACCCAGCAUUGAUUCAGCGCGUGCUGCAUAUAGUGGGGAUCUCCAUGGGCGGCAUGAUCGCGCAGGAGCUGGCUGUUCUGCUCGCUCCGGCCAUUUCGACUCUGACACUGUGCAACACCGCGGCGGUGAUGGAGCCCGCGGGGAGUUUCACUGAGAAUAUUAAGCACCGGUUAGGGUUUUUGGUGCCGAAGAGUGUGGAUCGGAGUGUGAGUGAUGCGGCGCGGCAACUCUUCUCUCACAAAUGGCUCCUUGAACCUGAUAAUGCACGUGUCCCUGACCCGAAGAUCACGCCUAAGUGUCACCCCCCAGCUGGCCCCGCCAUUGAAGCAAACGGCAAGGCUUCCAAGGGCACCGCCAACGACUCUGCCGAAGAAUCUGUAAACAAACCCCAAGAGUACCUCACCUUCCCGACAAACGCGCACCGCUUUAUCGCGCAAGAACUCCACAAGCGCGCCGACCGGUCCCGUUUCCCAACAACCGGCUUCCUCCUGCAGCUCAUUGCCGCAGGCUGGCAUCGCAAGACGCCUGAACAGCUCCGGGAAAUGGCAGACGCCGUGGGCAGGGAACGUAUCGCAAUCAUGCAUGGAGAUCACGAUAACAUGAUCAGUCUGAAGCAUGGGCAGAAGCUGAUUGAGUGGGUACAGCCGGGACAAAAGUAUAUCAUAGAGGGGUGUGGACAUGUGCCGAUGGUGGAGAGGGAAGGGUGGUUUAAUGAGGUUAUGGAGGAGAGGUGUGCUUUUGGAGAGAAGAUGGAUGGACGGGCGUAG